AUGAACCUGAAAUACUGCAGUCAACUUGUCGCUAGUCCUUUUGCCAAGGAUAUUGCCUUACCUCGCCGGCCAUGCUGCCAUUGCAUGGUGGAGGCGCACUCAGAGGAGUUGCUUUUCAACCCCCCGCCUAAGCAGGCUCUAGCCCGAAUCACACCUUCGUACAUGGACCGAAAUCUGGUGUCCAGCGCGGAGAAAAUAGAGAACAGGUUAUUAAGCUGUCAGAUUGCUAGAUUGAGAGCCUUCUUGUGGCGAUACUAG